AUGUCGCAGGUUGAAGUGCGUGAAGAAGUGGAUGAGCAGGCGCAAUACGAAGUGCCAGAGGCACAGUUCACGGUAACUCCCUCGCAAGAGCAGGUCGAGAGUGUGCAGCAGCAAAUCCAGGAGACGGAUUUCAUGGGCGACGAUGACGAUGUGGGGCUAGCAGCGUUUGUGCCGCUAGACAAGCUCCAGGUGAACGGAAUAACGACGGGGGAUAUCAAGAAGCUUAGGGAGAACGGGCUUCACACGGUGGAAGCGGUGGCGUACGCGCCCAGGAAGGCCCUAAUGGAGAUCAAGGGUAUUUCCGAGGCGAAGGCGGACAAAUUGCUGGCGGAGGCUUCGAGGCUAGUGCCCAUGGGGUUUGUCACUGCGGCGGAUUUCCAUUCGAGGCGUAACGAAAUGAUUUGUCUAACAACGGGAUCCAAGAAUCUCGACACGCUGUUGGGCGGAGGCAUCGAGACCGGGUCGAUAACGGAGCUGUUUGGUGAGUUCAGGACCGGUAAGUCGCAGUUGUGCCACACGCUUGCGGUUACGUGCCAGAUCCCGCUCGAUAUGGGCGGUGGAGAAGGAAAGUGUUUGUACAUCGACACCGAGGGUACGUUCAGGCCCAUCAGACUAGUCUCUAUUGCGCAGCGGUUCGGCUUGGACCCUGACGACGCGUUGAACAACGUUGCGUAUGCCAGAGCCUACAACGCCGACCACCAGUUGAAGCUCCUCGACGCUGCUGCGCAGAUGAUGAGCGAGUCCCGUUUCUCUCUGAUAAUCAUCGACUCGAUCAUGGCCCUAUACAGAACAGAUUUCUCGGGCCGUGGUGAGCUCAGCGCCAGGCAAAUGCACUUGGCCAAAUUCAUGCGCGCCCUCCAGAGGCUCGCAGACCAGUUCGGAGUCGCUGCCGUCGUCACAAACCAGGUCGUGGCCCAGGUCGACGGAGGAAUGAUGUUCAACCCAGACCCUAAAAAACCUAUUGGCGGUAACAUCAUGGCCCACUCCUCCACCACACGUCUCGGAUUCAAGAAGGGCAAAGGCCCCCAGAGAUACUGCAAGGUCGUCGACUCGCCAUGCUUGCCCGAGGCCGAAUGCAUCUUUGCCAUCUACGAAGAUGGUAUCGGCGAUCCAAGAGAAGAUGAUGAAUAA